AUGGUCAUAAUCUCCACUGAGUCACCUCCUGAUCCUUAUGGUUACUUCCCUCACCAUCCGCCGCCUCGUGGGUCGCGCACCGGCUAUGACACCGACAUGAUAUCGUUUAUACCGGUAACGCCAAUCCGGUCGAAAUCGCAGGAAGCAAUGAUGAAAAAGGACGGCGAGCUUGAACUACGAGCCCGCAACAUAAGGGUUUUACAGCGACUUAUUCGACGGAGAGUUCCAAAUGACUUCGUUCUUCCUUUGUUGGAUCCGUACAACGAGUGGGCAUUCCUGGAUAUCAAUUCAGACGCCGCCACUUUUCUCGCAAAAGCUGCUCUCACUGGUGCUCAACUCGAAGGCAUCGAGCAGAUGAUCGGCAGCAACUUUGAUGAGAACCGAAUUAAGAGAACCUUCCUGAGCAUUGAGGCCAGAGAAAAGGCCUUGCAUGCCUGGAACGUGGACUACCACCUUUUCCCCAACAUUCCAGUCCCUGAGCCUUCCAUCAGAACAGCAGAAAGUGAUUCGAAUACCGACGAUAAUUCUUCUACUGACGAGAGAUGGUCAAAUUUCCCUCUGCACAUACGAGAAGUGAUUCACAAGAUCGAAUCCGCAAAUCCUGAAGAUGUUGGAGACCGCUUCUACUGGGAGCAAAGAUUCCUGGAUCUUCUCGUCGAUCCCAAAGAGGUGGGAAAAGGCUGGUCCGACAUUGCGAUUGACCCAGAAACAGAAGAAGAGAUCAGGGAGGUGAUCAAGCAGCACAUGGAUUCUACCAAGCCCGCAGCAUCUUACGGGAUUUUGAAGCGAGGUAACAUUGGUGGAGCGCUUCUCUAUGGACCACCAGGAACUGGUAAAACACAAUUAGCACGUGUGCUUGCUUGCGUCUCGGAAUCAGUUGUUAUCUGUGCGUCUUCUGCCGACAUUGAGAACAAGUGGGCUGGCGAGAUGCCCAAGGCCAUUCGUGGUCUUUUCAACCUGGGGAAACUGCUCGCUCCAAGCGUGAUCUUCAUAGACGAAGCAGACUCAUUGUUUCAAUCCAGGGACUCUUACUCAGAUUAUCCGAGCUGGAGGUGA